AUUUUAGGAAUUAUGACGAAACUCUACUGAUAAGAUAGCUGAUAAGGGGAAAUCCGACUACUGGGCUAGCAAACUCGUAAGUUUGGUGUAUGCUAGUUAGUUUUUGUAGAAACGGAGUCAAAUCAAUCUCAAGACAAGGAUUUCAUUUCAAACCUUUCAAGGCGGAAGUUCGAGCAAUGUCGUCAUCUGAUGAAGCAGCUUCGGCGGCUCCCAAGGGCAAGGCCAAACCCGGGAACAAACGCAUGAGCAUCGAGCGUAUAUAUCAGAAGAAAACCCAGCUGGAACACAUUUUGCUGAGACCGGACACUUAUAUUGGGUCCUCUGAGUCUUACAAUCAGCAAAUGUGGGUCUACGAUGAGGGUAUCGGUUUUAACUUUCGUGAUGUAAGCUACGUCCCUGGACUCUACAAGAUAUUUGAUGAGAUUCUUGUCAAUGCGUCUGACAACAAACAGAGAGACCCUAAUAUGAAGCGGAUCAAGAUUGACAUAUCACCGGAAGAUGGCAAGAUCUGUAUUAUGAAUGACGGCAAAGGAAUCCCGGUUGAAAUGCACAAGGAGCACGAAAUGUUUGUACCAACCUUAAUAUUUGGACAUCUUCUCACCUCGUCGAACUACGACGAUUCUCAGAAGAAGGUGACUGGCGGAAGGAACGGUUUUGGAGCUAAACUGUGUAACGUUUUCAGUAAGAGCUUUCUGGUAGAAACAUCUAGUAAAAGUAGUGGAAAGUAUUUUAAACAAGAGUGGAAGGAUAAUAUGAGUAAAGCUGGUAAAAUCACCACAGCCACCAAUAAAGCUACCGACUUUACAAGGAUAACGUUUUAUCCUGAUUUGGCGAAGUUUGGUAUGACCAUGCUUGAGCGGGACACAGUGGCCCUGAUGAAACGUAGAGCUUACGACAUUGCUGCUACUAGCCCUGGUGUCACGGUUGAAUUGAACGGGGAGAAGCUUCCUAUCAAGACAUUCAGGGACUAUUGUAACUUGUACAUAAACGCGAGCAAGACUGACGAGGCGGACGAAGAGAAUAAGAAAUUGAGUCUAGUGUACGAGAAAGUCAACCCUCGGUGGGAGAUUGCACUGGGUACAAGUCAAAAAGGGUUCCAACAAGUCUCCUUCGUCAACUCCAUUGCAACCACCAAGGGUGGCACCCACGUCGACUACGUUUCUCAACAAGUCGUCACUAAAAUCCUGGCUGCUUGCCAGAAGAAGGUACCUAAAGGUGGGGUGGAGAUAAAGCCUGCUCAGGUUAAACAACACGUGUUUCUCUUUAUUAACUCUCUUGUGGAGAACCCGGCUUUCGACUCUCAGACUAAGGAGAACAUGACCCUCAAAAAAAAUAAAUUCGGUUCGACCUGCGAACCCUCGGACAGGUUCAUGAAGGACAUCUUAAAAACAGGCGUGUUAGACUAUGUCAUGGACUGGGCUACUACAAAAUCUCAGAGGCAACUCCAGCAGAAAUCAGCGGGGAAGAAGGGCUCCAAGAUAAAAGGGGAGGCUAAACUGUCGGACGCUAAGGAUGCUGGUACUGCUCGUAGUAAGGACUGUACAUUGAUCCUAACCGAGGGAGAUUCAGCUAAAACCCUAGCAAUUGCCGGGUUAGGUGUGAUUGGUAAGGACAAGUUCGGUGUCUUUCCACUCCGGGGCAAACUCCUUAACGUUAGGGAGGCUUCUCACAAACAGAUAAUGGAGAACGCGGAGCUAACAAGUAUGGUGAAGAUACUGGGACUGAAGUACGGAAAGAAAUACGAAACAUCUGCUGAUAUCGCUACUAUGAGAUACGGCAAGAUCAUGAUUAUGGCGGAUCAGGAUGUGGACGGUUCCCACAUCAAGGGUCUAAUAAUUAACUUUGUUCACCACAACUGGCCCAGUCUGCUGAAGAUGAACUUUAUUACUCAGUUCAUCACUCCCAUCAUUAGGGCGUCUUGUAAAGGCAAACCCACUCAUUCAUUCUACUCCCUGCCCGAAUUCAAAGAAUGGAAAGAUGAACAGACUAAUAUCAAACAGUGGAACAUUAAAUACUACAAAGGUCUCGGAACUUCAACUGGUCCUGAAGCGAAAGAAUACUUUUCUGAUAUGGGUAGACAUAAGAUAAGAUUCAGGUAUGUUGGAAUGGAAGACGAUCAGAAGAUUCAGAUGGCUUUUACUAAGAAGCAGGUUGAAGCUCGUAAGGAUUGGCUUACUCAGGGAAUGUUGGAGAGGAGAGAGCGGAGAGCAGCUGGUGAGAGUGAACUGUAUCUCUACCACAAAACUCAAACUGCUGUAACCUACACAGAGUUCAUUGACAGAGAGUUGAUUCUCUUCAGUAACUAUGACAACGAGCGCAGUAUUCCCUGUAUUAUGGACGGAUUUAAACCUGCCCAGAGGAAGGUCAUGUUUACCUGCUUUAAGAGGAAUCUCAAGAAGGAGAUAAAAGUAGCGCAGUUGGUAGGAAGUGCCUCUGAAAUAUCAGGGUACCAUCACGGUGAACAGAGUCUUGCUGGCACUAUUGUCAACCUCGCUCAAAACUUUGUGGGCUCUAACAAUCUCAACCUUCUCGAACCAAAUGGGCAGUUUGGUACGCGACUAAGUGGAGGUAGCGAUAGCGCGGCCCCUCGUUACAUCUUUACGUGCUUAUCUCCCCUUGCGCGGCUCUGCUUCCCCACAGUAGAUGACAACAUCCUCCAGUCCAUCUGGGAUGAUAACAAGAAGGUGGAACCUGUCUGGUACGCCCCUAUAAUCCCCAUGUGUCUAGUAAACGGUGGUCAAGGUAUCGGUACUGGCUACUCCACCUUCAUCCCCAACUUCUCCGUCAAGGAAAUCAUCGAGAACACCAAGCGGCUCAUCAAGGGACAGGAGUACCAGGAGAUGUAUCCUUCAUACCGGAAUCAUACCGGUCAAAUGGUGAAAGUAGACGAGCAGAAGUAUCUGAGCGUGGGUAAGAUAAUGAGGACAGCUAACUCCAAAUUCCAGAUCCUUGAACUGCCUGUUGGGACUUGGACUCAGAAUUAUAUAGAGAAGCACAUGAUGCUGUUUGCGGAGGGGAACGAGAAGCUUCAGCCGAUUUUCAAGGAUUAUUCGGAUGAUAACACGGAUGAGAUUGUUAAGUUCAACAUUACAGCGGAACCAAGUGACAUCAACAAAUGGGAGAGAGAAGGAAUUCACACCAAACUAAAGUUGACAUCGGCCAUUAAUCUGACCAACAUGGUCAUGCACGAUCAGCACGGUGUUUUAAGAAAGUACGAAUCUCCUAAAGAGGUCAUGGAAGACUUCUAUCCAGCCAGGUUGGCAAUUUAUGUUAAAAGGAAAGAUUUCCUGGUCGGGAAAUUCGAGGCCGAAGCUAACCAACUUCUAAACAAAGCGAGGUUCAUCGUCGAAAAAAUAGAGGGUAAAAUCAAAGUUGAGAACGUAAAGCACAGAGACCUGAUUGCUGUUUUGUUAAAGCGAGGGUUUGACAGCGACCCGAUGAAGAAAUGGCAAACUGCCCACGAUAAGCUCAUGAACUCGAACCCCGAGGAAGUACCAGUGGAAGGUGAUGAAGAGGAGAACUCCGAAGAGGAGAGUCCAGAAGAAAACCUCUCUCAACCAGGCGACCCUAACUACGACUACCUGAUCGACAUGUCCAUCAGAACUCUGACUCUAGAGCGAAAGAAUGCACUUGAGAAGAAACGUGACGAGAAAUUGGCCGAGUUAGAGGAACUGAAGAACACUCCAGUUUCAAAACUGUGGUUGAACGAUAUCAAGGAGCUGGAGGAGGGAUUGAAGAAGUAUGCAAUUGACCUGGCGAAGAAGCAAGCCCAGUCUGCAAAGCGGAUGAAGCAGACAAGUACAAAGAAAUACGUUAACAACUAUGCUGAUGAUUUGGGAGAAGAGGUCAGAUUUAAGGUACCUAUUGAAACAGUGAAAGUGAAACGAGAGCCUAAAGUCAAGAAAGAACCCACUGAACCGAAAGCACCAAAAGCACCAGCAGUGAAGAAAGAAAAGAAGGAAGCAAAUGGUGAACCUCAACCUAUGUCUCUAGCGGAUAGGAUGAAGAAAAAGCGCAAGAGCUCACCGAUGAAGCCUAAGAAGAAUCCAUGGGAGACAGACAGCGAAGAGGAUGAUGAUAUAUCAGACUUCAGUGGCGUAUCAGGCGAGGAAUCUGAUGAAGAUUUCAGACCAGUUACAAAGAAAGCUAAGUCAGCCACCAACGGGGCUGCUCUCAAGCUUGAGCCUGAUAUUAGCUUAGAUUCGACUAUGGACGACACGGAAGACUCCUUUUCUCUAAACGAUAAUAAGAGUGCACCUGUUAAAAAAGAAACUAUUUCUCUGGACGACACAGUUUCACCAGCUAAACCACCCCCACCUCCACUUAAGAAAGCGCCCGAAAAUAAAGCUCCCGCAAAUAAAGCUCCCGCAAAUAAAGCUCCUGCCAAGAAGCCAGUUGCUAAGACCACCUCCAAGAAGAUCACUGAUUUUCUUUCCGGAGACUCAGAUCAGGAACUGAAGAAGAAAGCUGCCCCAAAGAAGAAGCUAGGUCCCAGUACCUUGGGCGCUAAGAAACCCGCGGCUAAAGCCGCUCCCGCUAAGAAAGCCAAAAGUCCGUGGAGUGAUUCAGACGAUGAAUCCCCGCAAACCAGCAAGAAAUCUAAGAAGAAGAUGUCUGACAGUGAUGGAAGUGACUUCGACCUUGAUGAUAAGCCAGUGGUCCACAGAAACUCGGGAGGAAGGAGCAGGAAAACUGUCAAGUACACCUUUGGGGACUCGGAUGAGUCCGAUUGAGUCCAGCCGGUCGCGGUCUGGUAUGACGAGAUUGUAAAGUUCCUUUCAAAGAAGUGGUCUGGACUCCCGAUUGAUAUUUAAUAAUUUGGACAAUUUUGUUUGAAUGUUGAAAGUGUUAAAAAGAAUCGAGCAUUUUGUUAUGAAACGCUUCCUUAUCAUGCUACUUAUUUAAGUUUUGUUCAGCGGGCUGAGCUGCUGUAUAACUAUAAAUAUCUAACUAUUACCACUGUAAUUUCUCCUUAAACGUUUACUUGUUGACUAUUUGUUGCAAGUUUAUUUAUCUUGAGGCUGAUUCGCUUAAGUAAUACCAUUUUUGCUCCUUAGAAUUAAGUUUAAUAAUGUUAAAAUGUUGAACAUUCUGACUUCUUGUAGAAGAUACCAGCAAAGAUUUAUUUUGUAUUCGUUUCAAACCUCGAGAGACCUGUCACGGUAUUUUCAAUUUCUAACACAACUUGUGUCGCUAAAAUGGUGCCACUUGCCAGACAAUUUUUUAAAUUAUAUAAUUUAUAGCAUUAUUUUCAUUUUCAAAUUUAUUUGUCCCACCUUCUAACAA